UUACCAUUGUCUAAAAACUUUUUGCAGGUAGGGCAAUAUAUAUCAUCAAAUGGUGGCGUUGUUGCUGCUGAAGAACUUGCUCCCUUUCUUGAUGUGGAGACUCCUAACAAAACGGAUGAUGAGUCCUACAUCCUUCCGGUGCUUUUGCGGUUUGAUGGUCAACCAGAAGUAGAUGAGGAGGGAAAUAUCCUGUACCGAUUUCCAUCUCUUCAGCGUACGGCUGCUCCACAAAGAAGUGGAAGGAAGGAGUACGUAGGAAAAAGAUGGACUGACUGGGUUGGACAGGUGGAAAGAUUUCUGCAAGAAAAGAAGUGGCAAUUUAGUAAAACAAGCUCAUCAGAAAAGGCAUUGGUCAUUGGAUUGGGUGGGCUCAAUCUGUUUGGAGUCAUUAUUCUUGGUACCAUGUUGAAGAACAUGACAGUCAGUCCAAGUAGCUUCAUCUCAUUUGUGUCAGAGAUAUUUCCAUUACUUCAGAUUUAUGCUGGCUCGUUUUUCACCAUUCCCCUGAUCCGAUGGUUUCUUGUUCGAAAGAGAAAUGCUGAUAUUGAAAGAAGAAAUCAAACAAGGGAACAAUAUGCACGAGCACUUGAACGGCCUGACCUGUCACUGCAGCGAAAGCUUCUGAGUGCCCGGGAUAUGGCACAGAGGACUUUUAUUGGCCAAGAUCGAAUUGUUUACAGUACAGACAAGGACUUAUACGAGCAAGAUUAUGAUGCACAACAAUGGGAGCAGAGAUUCCGAGAAAUUGAGAAGUCCGAAUAGAUGUUGUUACUUGAAGAUUCUUUUGUCCUGUAAAUUCUUGAGUUCCAUACACAAAGACUCGGAUAAAUUAUGCCUUUCAUCGACUCCAGCAGCAACAUGCUCUGAGGAGAAUUGGAGCAUUCCAAACAGUAGAUUUUGAUGCAAUCAAAACAUAAAUCCAGAUCUGAGAACCACAAGAUUCAAUAGAGUAGUUUAUUAAGAAUUUACAAGUUGUGUACUCAGUGUAACAUAUUGUCUACUACAAAGGGCUGGUUUUCACGAUAAAAUUAGCCUCGGCAUGACAUUUAGUUCAUUAAGAUGUUAGGUGUGGUUAUUCUGUAUGUUGAAUUAGAAAACAUUUUUCUAGACACAAUUAAUUGAAUAUUUUCUGAAAGCA